AUUUUAUGGUCUAGUUUUUCUUUUAGGAUUAAGCUUUAUUGCUAUUGUCUGGAUUGAUUUUUUUUUGUGAAUAUGUGCUUUUGAAAAGUUUAAAUUCUCUAAAGUGUACUGGUUGUUUAUAAGUAUCGGAUAACUAUAUAAAAUAGGUACUUUUACAAUAUGGAGAUGUGCUUCAAAUUGUUGUCGGUGGGUAUUGGCUUAAUAUUUCUAUGUUUGUAUAAUAAUAUCAGUUGUGAAGUAUUCACUUCCAUGGCUGACGUGGAGAAUUUGCUGAGUACUGAGAAAAUACUUGUGGAGUCAUUAGACAAGUAUAUUAAAUUGGAAGAGAAGAGGCUAAAUAAAUUAAAGAAGUUGAAUCAAAUGUAUGCUAACCUGCAUAAUGCAGCGAAAAAUGACAGCGUAACUUUUUUAUCCAAUCCGGUGAAUGCAUUUCUGUUGGUAAAGCAGUUGUCUUCAGACUGGAACACUACGAUGAAAUUGAUUGAUAAUUCUAAGAGCCGAGAGGCACUGACUUACCUUCUUUUGCGAAAAAGUCUUUUUCCGAACCGGGAGGAUUUUGAAGGGGCCGCAGAAGCCUUGAUGAGAUUGCAGCAAUUUUAUUUAUUGGACGCCACUACUCUAGCUAAUGGUGAUAUAAAAGGCUUAUACAAAUCUCCAGAAAUGACGGCUGCAGAUUGCUAUGAAGUGGGAAAGCACGCAUACACCAUACAUUGGUCUAAUUUCUCGUUAAUGUGGAUGAAUGAAGCUUUGAACCGACUAGACGAAGAAGAGAUACACGAGAUUGAUAAAUUAGUAGUUUUAGAAUACAUGGCAUACUCAGCUUACGAAGUUGGCAACUUUUCUUAUGGAUUGAGUUUAACUCAAGAAAUAACAAAAUUAGAUCCUAAUUACACUCGACUCUACGAUAACCUGGCAUAUUAUCAAGCAAAGUUUGCUGAAAGGCAAUAUUUGGAGAAUUUAAAAGAAAUUGGUUCUCAAAAUCCUGAUCCCAAAUCUAAUAAAGUGAUUGACAUUGAAGGUAGACCCUGGACUGAAAGAGAAAUGCUUAAUGCGUAUGAAAAUUUAUGCAGGGGAGAAACUGUACAAGCAAACCUUCAAACGCAAGAGGUAAAAAGUAAGUUGCACUGCUAUUAUGAAACCAACAAAAAUGGCUACUUCUUAUUGGGACCCAUUAAAGUUGAAGUGCUCUCUUUCGAUCCAAGAAUAGUCGUUUUUCACGAGGUCAUAACAGAAAGAGAGAUAAACCUUACCAAAGCUAUUGCAACGCCAUUGCUGGCAAGAGCAGUUGUUCAGGACACAAUCACUGGUCAAAUUGAAGUUACCAAUGAUAGAAUAAGCAAAAGCUGUACUUUAGAAGAUUAUGAGCACAAAGUUAUAGCACGUAUUAAUAGAAGAAUACAAGAUGUCACUGGUAUUUCCAUCAGGACUGCUGAACCAAUACACAUCAUCAACUACGGAAUCGGUGGCCAUUACGAUCCACACUUUGAUUUCGCUCAGGUUGGUGACAGAAUUGAAAUGUUCCGCCUCUCAGGAAACAGAAUGGCAACCUGGAUAUUUUACGUAAGAUACUUUUUGUUUAAAAAUCAAUUAACUAAGUUUUUAAAAUAACUAAUAUGCAUUUUA